UCCAAAAAAAAUUUAUUAUCAGAGUACAUACAUGUCACGACAUAAAACCCUGAGAUUCUUUUUUCUCAAACAUACUUAGCAAAUCUAUAGAACAGUAACUGUCAACUGUAAACAAACUGUGUAAAUGCAGAUAAUAAAUAAAUAGCAGUAAAUAAUGAGCAUGAAAUAACAAGUCCUUAAAUGGGUGUAGUUUUCCCCUUUUGUUCAAGAGCCUGAUGGUUGAGGGGUAGUAGCUGUUCUUGAACCUGGUGUGCGAGUCCUGAGGCUCCAGUAUCUGUUUACUGUACCCACUUUAAUACUUUAUUUUCAUAUAAAUCUUUAUUCUUUAUAAUUAGUGCAAUUCACACCCUACCCUACACCUCAACCAAUUCUUAAUACAUGUAAAUAUGUAAGGUGAAUAAAGUAGAUCCUUAAUUAAAUAUGAACAUUAAUGAUAUUUAAUAAUAAAUUAUUUGACAUUCACAAGGAGGGUUCCUCCCUUAGGCCUACGAUCAGUGGGAUAGAUUCUCUGACUUACUACCUCGCUAAGCAUUUAACAACCAUGCUAUCUCUCUGUAAGCACCACAUCACUAAUUUGACCAACGUCGUUAAAACAUUUGAAUCCUGAGAACAUAAUGGUCAGUUUCACCGUGGUGUCCCUGUUCACAAGAGUUCCCAUUAAGUACAGCUUGGUCCUCCUGCAGUCAAGGUUUGUAAGGGUGCCAUUAACCCUUACAUCACUGUACUCCCUCUCUAAGUGGAACUACAAUGAACAAAUGGACAGAGUGGCCACGGGCUCACCCUUGUUGCCAGCUAUUAAUAAUUUCUACAUGGAGGACUUUGAGGAGAGGGCUCAGAGUUCAUCCCCUUACACCCCAAAUACUUCUUCAGGUACGUCAAUGACACCUUGGUAGUGUGGCCUCAUGGACUCCAUGCACUCCCACAGAAACUGUUCAUCUGAAACCCGCUCACUCAGACUUAUACCACAGCCACCUUCAUGCCUCCCAAUGUAGAGUGGUUCUUUCUACUUUGAUUAACUGUGCAAAAACUAUUUUGGACCUGGAGAGUCUCCACAAGGAAAUAAGACAAUUAAACACAAUGUUCCCACAGGAUGGCUACAAGGUGAAGGAAAUCAAUUGGGCUUUUAAAAGGGCCGACAGAAAAACCAGGAAAUUUGACAAUGAGGAGGAAUCCGUUGCAACUGCUGGUCUUCCCUGUUUCCAUAGUUUCUGGAAGGAUCGCCAGGAUCCUAAACACUGGAUUAAUACCAUCCACAAUCCCGUAAGGAAGCUCAAGCCACAGCUUAUGAGGGUCAAAGAUGACCUGGGACUCAGGACAGUUGGCAUUUACAGGAUUACCUGUGUUUGUGGAGCAGUGUAUAUCGGCCAGACGGGACACACAGUGGAAACCUACAUCAAGAAGCACAGUGGGUGUGUCUGUUUUGGGUUACCUGAAGAAACUGGCAGAAGAACAUGGCAUUCACAAUGGCCUAGGAUUGACUUGGACGGCACAAGGCAACUGGGCUUCAUGAUGUAGGUUUCCACUUCACCUGGUGAAGAAAGCUAUUGAAAUAAAACUAGAUGAGAAGAAUUUUAACAAAGACAAAGGUCUUGCUCUAAGUAAGAGCAGGAAUAAACAACGUGGGAGAGCAGAAACCUGAUUGGAUGAGGUUUAACAAAUACUUAUUGUAUUUGGCAGGAAAUUUUUUCUGUAAUGAUCCUUGUGAGAGCAGAGCUGAACCAUCCUGUUCCAAAAGGGUGCUCCGCAGCUUAUUCAGAAGGUCAUGGAGAGGAUUUGCUAGAUUGUCCAUGAUGACUAAGUUUGUCCAGGUUGUAGUCAAGGACGGAUCCAGCUUAAUAAUGAGUUUAUUUAGUCUUUCUGCAUCACAGCACCGAUGCUGCUCCCCCACAAGAAGGGCAAAGAAGAUAGAUUGUCAUCGAAACGUCAGUUAUAUCGAUAUUAGUGCCCGGCUGGAAGCCCGAGAAGAGUUUAUUCAUUAUUUAAUGGUUGUUGCUAAUUACUUUUGAGAAGGUACUUGAAAUGCUGCAGUCCCCAUGACGGGAGUAACUUAAGAUCGAUGCAUUUUUAAAGUGAGAUAAGGAGCAGUCUGCGCUACGAAUGAGCCACCGCUCUUUCAAACUCCGAAGAGUCUGGGCGCGGCUGCUCGGCCACCCGCUCCGCUCCCCUUGACACCCGAUUCAGUUAUUAUUCGGCCAUCCGCGGCUCAGCUCCCGAGACAUGGAGUCGGUGUUCGUGACGGUCGGAACCACGAGCUUCGACGAGCUCAUCGAGGAAAUUUCCUCGGAAAAGAUCAUCGCGGUGAGUCAGAUUCUUCAAGAGCUGGGCUACAGGAGGCUAAUUCUUCAGAUUGGUCGUGGAUCUAAAGAGCCAAAGCCUUUUGUUGGAACAAAUUUUACUCUUGAAAUGUAUAGGUUCAAGGACACCAUAGCAGAUGACAUUAAGAAUGCUACUCUUGUCAUUAGUCAUGCCGGUGCUGGAAGUUGUCUUGAAAUUCUUGAAGCAGGAAAGCCCCUCAUAGUUGUUAUUAAUGAAAAGUUGAUGAACAAUCACCAGUUGGAACUGGCCAAACAGCUGCACUGUGAUGGACAUCUCCUAUACUGUACUUGCAGCACACUUUGUAAAACGUUACAGGAAUUGGACUGCACAUCCCUGAAACCAUUUCCUUCAGGGCAAACAGAAAAAUUUGCGUCAUUUCUGGAUAAAAUUUUGGGAUUCCAAAAAUACUUAGAAAUGCAGAAGGGGGUUAGGAAGUAUUUUGGCCAGAAGUGUCUGAGUGAAGUGACCAUGGACGAGUAUCUAGGUACCCAGGGACUCUUCCGAAAACUCACCGCCAAGGAUGGCUCCUGCCUCUUCAGGGCGGUGUCCGAGCAGCUGUUUCUGACACAAAUACAUCACUUGGAGAUUAGAAAAACCUGUGUUACCUACAUGAGAGUGAACCACUGCAAAUUUGAAGAAUUUAUUGAUGGUUCCUUUGACAAGCACUUGGAACGUUUGGCUGAUCCUAAGGAAUGGGCCGGUGUCUUGGAGAUGAAUGCGCUUUCACUAAUGUACAAUUGUGAUUUUCUCAUUUACCGGUAUCCUGGAAAACCUCCCACGCAAGGCACAAAUAAUGGAUUUGAGAAGAAGAUCUUGCUGUGCUGUUCCAACAAUGGACAUUAUGAUAGUGUCUUUACAAAGCAGUUUCAAGGGCUUGCAGCUGUGUGUCAAGCGGUUGUAUAUGAAAUGCUGUACAGAGAUGUCUUUGGAGUUGAAGAAGAAGAACUGCGAGGAGCAGUGGAGCUAUUCCGUAAUCACGGCAAGAAAACCAGGAGAACAAGUACAUCCCAAGGCAAUGAUGCUGAACAUCUUUCUGAAAAGGUUGUACGAAAAAAUGGCAAAGAAAACAGUGAAUUGGAGAGCUCACCAGAGGAGAACAUGGCAAAGCAUGCUACAGAAGAAAUUAAGACUGUGGAUGGCCCAGCAAAGAUGCCAUUUCCCUUCAAGGUGUUGAAGGCACUGGAUUCAGAAAUUUAUCGCAAUGUGGAAUUUGAUGUUUGGCUAGACAGCAGGAAAGAGCAACAGAAAGUGGACUAUAUGGUGGUUUCUGGACAGCAGUACUGCUUGGGGGAUAAAUGCCAGGUGAAACUUGAGCAAGGAGGGAAAUACUACCAUGCUCACAUUCAAGAAGCAGGACAAGAUGGCAACUCGGUGACUGUCUUCAUAGAAGAAUUAGCUGGAAAGCACACUGUUCCUUUGACAAAUCUGAAGCCAGUGACUCAGGUAACACCAGUUCCUGCCUGGAAUAUUAUUUCAAACAGAAAAGGUGGAAAUUACCAGAAGAUACCCAGUGGCUAUAUUUCAGAGUUGGUCAUUCCAGACCUUGAUCCAAAAUCACGCAGGCGUUUAUUAAAAAAGAUGCGUGGGAAACAGGUCUUCAUGGCAUUUGCUUAUGGGCGAGGCCAGUCUGUUCUUCCUCCUCGAAUGCAACAUAACAUUCCUUGUGGAAGAUCUUCACCGCUUCCUUCACCCCAAAACGGCACCUUUUCUCCCUAUGAUCAGUAUAGAGUCCCUCCACCUCCAAGAAAUGGAAGAAACAACUAUACUCCAAGGAAUCAGACUAAUCGAUAUGUGAGUCAACAUGGCUUUGAUCCUGAUUAUAUCUACGGCUUUCCUGGCCAGGGAAAGAGAUGUUAUCAGCAUUAUGAUAAUUUCACCUAUAGAACACGCUCUUGCAGCAGAAGUCGCAGACCCUUUCAAUAUGUCAACAAGGAUUGCCAGUUUGGCUACAUACCAGAGAAUGAAGGGUCAAGAACAAUUGAAGAAACUGUUGCUUUCUAUGAAAUUGAGGAAGGAAAUGAGCCACAUUUUCCUAAUGUACAAGGCCACCCUGCUUCCUCUCCAGUAAUGCAAGCUCCAGCUAGCUACUGGGUAACAAGAAGUGGAAGCUCAGUGUCUGUUGGCAAGCAGGUCACUGCUGAAGAUGCUGAUGAGCCUAAUGAUGGGGAUUCUGGGUACUCUGAUCCAACAAUAUAUAGUGCGCUGGAGUCUACAGCUAACCUGUCUAUUCAGGAAGGAUGCUCUGCUGCAGAGUCGCCCCAGGAGGGGCAAGUUGGCACACAUUUCAGUUAUUCACAGCAGAUGGGAAAUUCAAUGGUGAUAUCAACAUCCUCUUGUGUCAGCGCAGCCUCUGGUGUCGAGUUCUCCUCCAACUCACUAGAAGGAAGCCAAACCUCAGUGACCUACGCAACAGUGCCACAUCAGACACUUGCACCACCUGUUCUUGUGCCUUCUCAUCCUGUCGGUAGGCCGGGUCCUUUCCUGCCUGUUAAUGAAAUGAGUGAGACUGUGAGUUCUUCUGCACCACCCCCAUAUUCCUGUGACCCCAAUGGCAAUGAUCUUCCUCCAGAUAGAAAGGUGGUUCAGUAUUAUUUCAACCUUGGAUUGCAGUGUUACCACCAAAACUGGCAGUCAGUGGUCUAUAUGCCACAGCAUCAACCGGUGGAUAUUUAUCCAGUAUUCCCUGCAACUGCCCAGUUUGUUGAACAGUCAACUGUACCACAACAGUACGGUGAUAGUGGGAGAAACGAUGAUCAUCCGGCUUCCUCAGACACCAUGUCUAAUGGUUAUACUGCUGCAGAGUCUCAACCAGCUCCUUAUUCAACAGUAUAUUAUCCAAUGCUGACAGACCAGUAUAUUCAGCCAGCUAUAUCUACUUAUGAUCCUUGCGUCCCUUUAACAAAUACAGUUCAUUAUGUUGGCCCUUGGUAUCCCGCAAAUCAGACAUGCCCCAGUUCAAGGCUACAGAACACAACAUGCCCAGGCCCCCCACCUCAGUUAAAUUAUGUUGCACCUGCCAAUCAGCCAACACACUAUGUACCUCACUAAUGUCUGCAGAGUGGCUUAGGGUUCUAAAGUGCCAAUGAAGAGUAGAUAGUUGACUUCAUUUCUGCUCCUAAAUAGUAUCUCCUUUAAUUGCCUGAACUGUUUCAAAUGUUUGACUGAUUCCAUUUAGGGUAAAAUCUAUGUGCAGUUGUCUGAAAUGUUUGCAUCAGUAGUCUAUUCUUAAAUGGGAAUUUUUCACUUCAAUUGGUUUUCUCUUUUUGCUCUUUAAUUCUGCUUUUCCUCUUUCUGCUCCAGUUAGAUUUGCAGACCCCAAAAAAAAUGCACAUGUAGCAAGUAGAUGUGAAGCUUCCUAAGUUUUCCCUUCUCUCUUUCUAUGAUGACUCUUCAAGGGAGAAUUUUUCACAUGGUUUUAUCACUCCACUGCACUAAGUCAACAGAGAAGUUCAACCUUGAAUGAAAAAAGCUGAUUCUGGAUCCUGCUGAAGAACCUCCACUAUGUAGUAUUUUUAACAGAGCAUUGUUCCCACUUGACACUAAGUAAAAUUGUCACUUGAUGUUCUUGUUUAUAUGAACACGAGACUAUCACUUCUACCUCACAUUUGUCUUCAAUGUGUGAAAGCCUGUAUAUUUUUAUCAGGUGUCCAGUUCAGCUCAAUGUUGACUCUCUGUUUGUUGGGCCACAGAAGAGAAUGGCUGGCACUGAAUUUCUUUCUGUUUAAGAUUGUUAAUGUCAGCUGUUUUCUGGAGUACUGUUGAAGGGACUGAUGGUGU